AUGUUCCACCUAAGCAGAAAACUAGCAGUGACCAGUCUGGUCUCCCUACUUGGUUGCUCUUUGGCAACGGCUCAGUCCAGCACAGAUGCAAUUGUUGUGGACGAGACUACAUUUGCGCUGAAUGGCGACAAUGUUUCUUACCAGUUCCAUGUGGAUAAUAGUACUGGGGACUUACUGUCAGAUCACUUCGGUGGCAGCGUGACGGGUCCCAUUCCCAGGGAAAUUGUGAGUGCAGUGAACGGCUGGGUUGGAGUACCGGGUCGCACUCGAAGAGAAUUCCCAGAUCAAGGUCGAGGGGACUUCCGUAUGCCAGCAGUUCGCAUCCGACAGACAGAGGGAUAUACUGUAUCGGAUUUCCAGUAUCAGUCCUAUGAUAUCAAGCACGGAAAGCCAGCUUUGCCGGGUCUACCGUCGACAUUCGGAACCGAUGACGAGGUCACUACACUCAUCGUGCAUCUGUAUGAUGAAUACAGUGCGGUCGCUGCAGACUUGUCAUACUCGAUUUUCCCCAAAUAUGAUGCGAUUGUGCGCAGUGCCAGCAUCACCAACAAAGGGAAAGGCAAUAUCACCGUCGAGUCCCUAGCGAGUAUCAGUGUGGAUUUUCCCUACGAGGAUCUGGACAUGAUCAGCUUGCGGGGAGACUGGGCACGGGAAGCUCACCGUGAACGGCGAAAAGUUGAAUAUGGAACCCAGAGCUUCGGAAGUUCGACGGGGUAUUCCUCACACCUGCACAACCCAUUCCUCACGCUAGUGGAUCCGGCGACCACUGAAGCUUCCGGUGAGGCAUGGGGAUUCUCACUCGUCUACUCCGGGUCGUUCUCCGUCGACGUGGAAAAGGGAUCACAAGGCUUUACCCGGGCUAUGUUGGGAUUUAAUCCCGGUCAACUGUCGUGGUCUUUAGCAGAGGGUGAAACUUUGCACUCCCCAGAAUGUGUGGCAGUCUAUUCCAGCAAUGGAAUCGGUGGCAUGUCCCGCUCCUUACAUCGUCUUUAUCGCAACCAUCUCAUCAAGAGCAAGUUCGCCACUGCCGAUCGCCCACCGCUCCUCAACAGCUGGGAGGGACUCGGCUUCGACUACAAUGCAACCAGCAUAUACCAUCUGGCCCAAGAAUCAGCCGAACUGGGUGUCAGGAUGUUUGUCCUGGACGACGGCUGGUUUGGUGACAAGUAUCCCCGCACCUCUGACACUGAAGGCCUCGGCGAUUGGGUGCCCAAUCCUCGACGAUUCCCCGAUGGACUAGCGGAUACUGUGAACAGCAUCACCGGCCUCAAGUCCGGCAACACGUCGACUAACCUGCGCUUCGGAAUAUGGAUGGAGCCCGAGAUGGUCAACCCGAACUCUAGCCUCUAUCGUGAGCACCCAGAUUGGGCACUCCACGCAGGACUGUACCCUCGAACACAGCGAAGAAAUCAACUGGUGCUUAAUCUCGCCUUGCCUGAGGUCCAGGAGUUCGUGAUAAACUCUGUAUCCAAUAUCCUGAACACCGCCAACAUCACAUAUGUCAAAUGGGACAACAAUAGGGGCAUUCACGAGAUGCCUUCUCCCUCCACAGACCACGAGUAUAUGUUAGGAAUAUACAAAGUCUUCACCAACCUCACCACCCAGUUCCCUGAUGUCCUCUGGGAAGGCUGUGCCUCGGGUGGCGGCCGCUUCGACCCAGGCAUACUGCAAUUUUUCCCUCAGAUCUGGACCUCGGACGACACCGACGCUGUCGAGCGUAUCACCAUCCAAAUGGGAACAUCCCUCGCGUACCCACCCAGCGCCAUGGGUGCCCAUCUAUCAGCUGUCCCGAACGAGCAAACUGGUCGAACACUCCCCGUCGCUUUCCGUGGACACGUUGCCAUGAUGGGUGGAUCAUUCGGACUGGAGCUUGACCCGGCUACUAUCCCAGAAGCCGACAAGGCCGCUCUACCGGGCCUGAUUGCACUUGCGGAGAAAGUGAAUCCACUUGUUUUGAAUGGUGACAUGUAUCGCUUGAGCUUGCCCGAAGACUCGAAUUGGCCUGCUGUCCUGUUUAUCUCAGAGGAUGGAGCCCAGGCUGUCCUUUUUUACUUCCAGCUUAGUCCCCGUGUGGACCAUUCUAUUCCUUGGAUCAGACUGCAAGGACUGGAUCCAACAGCUAUGUACAGUGUUAAAGGAAAGGGGACGUACUCUGGUGCGACGUUGAUGAAUAUCGGCUUACAGUUUCCCUUUGAUACCGAUUACGGCAGCAAGGUUGUAUUCCUCGAGAAGCAGUAA